UGUAUGGAACCCAUGUGAGAAUGAGAUUGAAGAAGAUGAAGAUGAUGAUGAAGAUGCAGGUAUAUAUGCGGAGACUCACAGGAGGUCAACAUGGCUGUUUAUGGGAGAUGAGGGGCAUGAAGGCCAAUCUGAGUCAGUUGAUGGUGCGGAAAGUCUCAUUGACAAUAUCUCUGAGACAGGAGAGGAUGAAGAGGAUGCCUUUGACCCUGAGAGUCUUGAAAGUCAGGGAAGCAAGUAUGCUAAAUCCCAUGAGAGGAAGGAAUCUACGGGGACCACAUAUUCAGAAAUGGAGUAUCGAAAUCAGGUGCAACAACGAAAACGAUAUCAAGCGGUAUCAAGGAAGGUGAUCAAACGAAUGGAUAGCCAGCCUGAGAUGUGGCAGAGAGAUUCAAUGAGAUUCUUUGAGGCUGAUAGGUCUAUUACCAUUCAGAAGGGUCCAAAUGACAAAGGGUUUGGUUUCCAUAUUAAGGGUACUUGUCCAACCAUCAUUAGUACAGUGAACAAAGGUGGGGCUGCUGAGAGGUCAGGGGUAUUGGUUGGAGAUGUGCUGGUCACAUGUAAUGCUAUAAAUGUAACAGCUGCCUCACAUAGAGAAAUACAGCAACAAAUAUCUGGUUCGGAGAGUCUGGAGAUUGAGGUAACAUCCUCCAGUGUUCUCCAGGCAGAGCCUGAUGAGGUGAUCAUGUCAGGCUAUCUGACCAAGCAGAGUGCAGGCACCUUCAAGCUGCUCAGGAGGAGGUACUUUGUACUCAAACAGGACCAUUGUAUCUACUACUAUAAGACAGAUAACUUCAAGGAUGAGGACCCUUUGGGAGCCAUACCCCUACUGAACUAUACAAUUACCAAGGCAACAGAAAUCAACAAAAAGUUUGCCUUCAAAGCUACUAAAUAUGGUGCACGGACCUAUGUUCUCAUUGCUGAUAAUGAAAAUGAUAUGAAUAGCUGGGCAAAUGCGAUGAAUCAGGCUGCAGUAGCUACUAAAAACAAAAAGAAUGAGACAUGGCUUGAUGUUAGCUCCCAUAAUGUAGGUCUCCCAGCUCUGUCCAUUAAGAACCCUGAGUGCCAUGGUAUACUCUUCAAAAUGGCAAACAGACGAAAGACAUACCAGAAGCGAUAUUGUGUGCUAAAAGAUGCAUGUCUGUACUACUACCUUGGUGUUAACUCAACAACAGCUCAGGGUGUAGCCCAUCUACAGGGUUAUAAACUAGAACAGUUGACAGUCUCCAAGAAGAGAUAUUUGUUUGCCUUGACACCACCGGAGCCUAAAAUGAGAGCAUUCCAGUUUUACACUGACCAUGAAUUUGACUAUAACAGGUGGGCAACCGCACUGACACAGUCCAUUGGCAGGUGGAAGAAAAUGGAAGAUUAACAUUUUGCGGUGGAUUAAUAGACACAUUAUAUUAUUUUCGAGAUUACUCUACAGUACUGCAUCAGAUUGAUGAAAUCACAAGAUGUAACUUUUAUAAAAUAUUUAAUGAUGUCUGAACAUUUAUUUUCUAUUUGGAGAAACCUAAUUAUUUUUAUAUUCAUUUUUGAAAAAAAUGUUUUGAUAUGCAUUUUGAAUCUAUUUCGAUGCCAUGCUGAUUUGUAUAAAUGUAAGAUUUUUUGCAAAUGUAGUGGAUUAAAUGAUUGUUUCAUUGCAAUGAGCUUCCAUUAUUGAAUAUUUAAUAUUUUAAUGUGUUUA